CUAUUUAUGAAGGAGGGAAUUAAAGGAAGAGAGAUCUCUGGCUCCUUUUAUCUCUAAUUGAAAAAAUUGACUAAAAAGCUUCAAUUUUUUUUUCUUUGUUUUGCUUCUGUUUCUCUUUGAAUUCCCAAAUGGGUUUGUGGGAAGCUUUUCUCAAUUGGCUUCGAAGCCUGUUUUUCAAGCAGGAAAUGGAGCUAUCUUUGAUCGGACUUCAGAACGCCGGAAAAACCUCACUAGUAAAUGUUGUUGCAACUGGUGGAUAUAGCGAAGAUAUGAUCCCUACGGUCGGAUUCAACAUGAGGAAAGUGACAAAAGGAAAUGUUACUAUAAAAUUAUGGGAUCUCGGAGGUCAACCUAGGUUUCGUAGCAUGUGGGAACGAUACUGCCGUGCGGUUUCGGCAAUUGUUUACGUGGUGGAUGCCGCUGAUCCCGAUAACUUGAGCAUCUCAAGAAGUGAGCUUCAUGAUUUGUUGAGUAAACCCUCACUUAGUGGUAUCCCUCUUCUGCUGUUAGGCAACAAAAUCGACAAGCCAGAAGCUUUGUCGAAACAGGCUUUAACUGACGAUAUGGGACUCAAGUCAAUUACAGAUAGAGAAGUAUGCUGCUUCAUGAUAUCAUGCAAGAACUCGACCAACAUCGACUCGGUUAUUGAUUGGCUCGUAAAGCAUUCAAAAUCUAAGAGCUGAAAUGAAAAAGGGGUUUCUUUGUCUAAUCUCUUCUGUGAUGAAUCUGUGUUUUAUGUAUCAAGUUUCUGAAAAGGGAUACAAUUCGUGUUUUAAGGUUUAUGGUUUUCGGUUUCUCCCUAACUUGAUUUCCCGAUUGUUUAAUUAUUGUUUUCUCAUCGUGUAAUGUAACAUUGGAUCAUCACAUUUGUAAUUCAAGUAGGCUUAAAUCUUUGAACAAGAUUUUUCAUGUAUUCUUAUCAUUCAAGUCAAAUAGUUGAAUGCAAUGAAACUUUGGUUCAUGUCAA